AUGGUUUAUCACAAAGAGAAAACCCAAAUAGCCACCAGCGAGGUAAAGGAACAUUGCUGGCUUCCUAAGACUCUUGCAGUACUGUCCACCCGUCAACAUCACCUUCCCCUGAAGAUGUCUAUUAUCUGUACUUUGAUGGUUAAUACUUUUGUGUUUAUCUGUAGUAUGUCAUGCAUCGAGCAGUGUCUUCUCCACCUGGGGAAAACCCGCCCUCGGCCAGGGUGCAGGCUUCGAGUCCGAGGCAAUGGAGCCGGUUCCAGGAGGCAGAGAGCGCAAGGCGGGCGGCACAGCUCACGGAUUCUCCGAACUGGGCGGCGCGGUGCCGCUGGAACUAGGGCGGAGGAGGCGAGAGGCUCGUUGCCUGGCGACCGAGCGCGUCCCCUCUUUGCCUGCGAACCGUUGGGUCUCGCUAGGCCUUUGCGGGUCAAAGGGCAGGUUGGAUACCCCGCAGGCCGCCCCGGCGCAGCAAGGCCACUUGAAUCACCGCAGGGGCGGCCUCGGAGCCAGGUCCAAUUUGCCAACAUGUCCAUGAUCCCGAAGCAUUUCGGACUGAAAACUAGGGAAGAGUCUUACAUGUUUAAAGAGCUUGAGAAGCUUCGCCAGGAGACGAAAAGGGAUUUCCUUCAAUUCAAGCAGAAGCUGGCCUGCAGGCCGGCUGUAGAGGGCAGCUCUGACUACUCUCCCCAGGCCUCGGGCCCGGUCUGCCCCAGGGAGAAGAGGCGCGUGCUGUUCACCGCGCCUCGAGGGCUCGAAGGCUCGCUGCAGACCGAGGGCCCCGCGACCGCGGCCGCCGCGCGCCGCUCGGCGCCCCCCGGGGCCGCGUCCAGAGCGGCGCGCGACAACGGCGAGGACGCCCGGCUGGCUGCACUGCGCACGCGCGCCGCCCCCAGGUCCAUCCAGGAGAUCAUCGCCUCGCUGCAGUCCGAGGACCAGCUGGCCUCCGACCAGGCCAUCAGAGAGCUCAUAGAGAGCGUCCUGGGCCAGAACUACGACAUUAGAAUGGAAGAUAUAUCUUUAAUGGGAAAAAUAUAUGUCAAAAUACCUCAGGGGCAAGCAGAAACACCGAAGAUCGAAGCAGAGCAAGUCUCACAGAUGACUGAUGAGGAACCUAAUAGGAGUGUGUCUGAGGAGCUUCCUGAUGAUGGCUCAAGUAUUUACCAGAUUGAACAGGAGGGCAUAUCAGACUGGCCAUCCUUAGAUGCAGAAGACAUAGCAUUUAAAUUUGAAGAAUCAUUGGAAACACAUCCAACAGAGGAACCAACUAUAUAUGUAGAAGAAGGGCAUCACAAAAGCGACUCAAAAGUACCCAAGCAAGUAUCUGUAAAGGUGCAAUCAUCAGAAUUCUUGCAAAUCAGAGGGAAAGAAGUUAAGCGAACACGAAGAAGUAAAUCAGAAACUCCACCACUGAGACGAAAAAAGUCUUUAAAACCCCAAGUAGAUCCAAAACUACUUAAAAAGAUCCCACAGGUCCACCCCACGCCUCACCUUCACCAUCUGUGCACCGCUGCCCCUGCCCAGCAGCUGCCAGUUGAACUGCACCUGGCCUCUCGCAUGUGCCAUACCGCUGACAAGAAAGGCCACAGCGCCCCACUCGGAGUCUUUGGACCAUCUUUCCUAGGCGAUUACUUUGCAGAUGAACAAAGAGAUCGAAUACUGUAUGGAAUUCCUGUUACGGAUGAAAACCAAGAAAGUGUCAGCGUUCCUCCAGUGCCAUCAAGGCUGCCCUCUGAAACAGCACGGAAAACUAGGUGGCGUUUUCACAACCCACACCUGGAACUCUUGGGACAGGAAAUGUGUGCUUAUCCAGGAUUUACAAAAAUGUUUUGGAAUCCAGCUGCACCAAAAUUUGCUGUUCCAGAGUCUGUCAUGAAGGAAACUGUAUAUCCACAAUAUGAGAGGAUUCAAGGAAGCAGAAUUUUAACUAAGAAAUUUUUAAGUGACAGCAUGGAAAAUCUCAUUGUGUAUGAUAACAGAAAUCUUCAGUCUUUCUUACUAAGAAAAUGUGUAUCGCUUGAAAAUAUCCAGAGUUUCCAUUGUCAACAUUCAACACAACUGAAGAGAGCAAAAUCCACAGUUGAAUUGAGUAAGGAAGAGGCUAUCACACCAAUAGAAAUCAAGGAUGAUACGCAAAGCAACAUAAAAACAAUGAUGUUCCAGAGAACAAAGGAGUUGGAGCACCAGCUAGCUAAGCAAAACAAAGCCGAAGAGCCUCCUACCCCUGUGAGAGAAAGUAUAGAUGACAUCUUAGACAACAUUCAGGAAGAAUUCAGUUCAAAAGAUCUGCCACUCUCUCUCAUUGAAGCAUCAAAACAAGCAGGCAUUACUUACAUUGUUUAUCCCAAGAAAAAAAAGAAAUGGAAGAAAGGACUGAAAUCUGAAAAAUUUACAAUUGUGUGUGAAGAGUUAUCUAAACCUCCAAACAUGAUUACAAGAUCAGUAUCUCAUGGAAUACUUCCUGGACAGAAGAAAUAUUUCCUCAGAGUUCCAUUAUAUGAACGUCUAACACGUAGCCCCAGUUUACCUAAUAUUUUAAAUUUCGAUAAAUUGGUCAAAAGGAAAGGAGGAAUGCUAGAAAAUAGUGACCCUUACAUGUGGGUCCGUGAUACACUCUUUAAAGAUAAACUUCAGAAAACCACCACAAAUGUUGUUGAAGUAACUGUAAAAAGAGACCUUCCUGAAAGCACAGAGGAACCACCAAAAGUACAGUUAAGUGAUUCUUUGGCGUGUGAUCUCCCACCAGAGGUCAUAAAACAUUAUGAGUCUGAAGUGGAAAUCUUGACUGAAGAAAUCAAUGAGAAGAAAACAUUUCCUGCAUUUGCAUAUUGUAGACGUGGAGCAAUUUAUAGGAAACUGGGCAAGUUGCAGAGUGCCAUGAACGAUCUACAGGAAGCUAUUCUCUUGGAGCCAUUGUUUCUCAAUGCCUAUUGGCACCGGCAUUUCAUUUAUAUAUUUCAAGACAAAAUGAAUGAGGCUUUGGAUGACUUGAAUUAUAUAAGUAAAUAUAAUAAAAAUAAUGCAGAUGUGUAUUUGUCUAAGGCUGAAAUUUACAGAAGAAGCAACAACAUUACUUUGACAAUUCUAAACUAUAGCCAGGCAAUUAAGUACAGGCCCACAGAUGCUGAUAUCUAUUUCAGGAGGGGUGAAGUUUAUGAAAAAGAGAACAGAAUGCUGGCCGUUGAUGACUUUUCUAAAUGUAUCUUCUAUGAUCCCAAAAGAACAGAUGCAUUAUUGAAACGUGGGAAAUUUUACUUUGAAAAUGAAAAUUGGAUUUCAGCCAUAUACGAUUUUACAGCUUUGUUAAAGAUAGAGCCGCAAAAUUAUGAAGCAUGGACAUAUCGAGGGAAAGCAUAUUUUAGAAGGCGCCUUUAUAAACAAGCAACUGAAGACUUUUCUAUUGCCAUUCAUUUAGACCCUAAUAACUGGGUAGCACUGUAUUAUCGAGCAUGCAUAUUUAGAAAGAGUAAUCCUCUUAGAGCACUACAGGAUUAUAGUGUUUCAGCUCUCAUAAAUGAUGGCUAUGAGAAUCUGAGCUGUUUUCUACAUCGGGGCAUAGUUUAUGCACAUCUAAAACUUUGGUUGCUGGCAAUUUGUGACUUUGAAACUGUCAUUUCUCUAGAAAGAACUUCUACUUUGGCUUAUGUAAAUAUUGGCCUCAUACAUAUGUUACAUCUGGAUAAUUACACUGAAGCCAUUUGGCACUUUUCUGAGGCUAUUAGAGUUGAUCCUUUGUAUAUUCAGAGUUAUAUGUGUAGAGCAGAAACCUAUUAUAAGUUGCAUAGAUGGAAGAGUGCAGUGAACGAGUUAUCUCGUGCUAUCCAUCUUCAGCCAGAUGGAAUUCAAUUAUAUAUAAUAAGAGGACAAUAUCUUCUUAUGAUGAAAUGUUAUGAUCUUGCAAAGUUCACUAUUUAUCAAGUAGCAGAAAUGAACAAAGGUCUCAUUGGGUUGAGUCCAAUACAACAAGCACACAUUUAUUCAUUCUGUGAAAACCAUGAAAAGGCCAUUCAGGUCUUGGAUGGGAUGUCAUGGAGUAGAUCAGAGAUGACCAUGUUUACGUUAUUAGCAAAAGCCCAAAUGAAGGCUAAGAAAAUCAAGGAAGCUGUGAGAAUGUUUAAGAAGGCCUUAGAAGUCUUUUCGAAUUCUAACAAAGGACCCAAUGCCGUAGCUCUUUCAAUAGACUGUCUACAUAACUUAGGUCUUUGUUACAUGGUGGAAGGCAACUUGCAAAUGGCUUUUGAUUAUUUUACAAAAGCUGUGAGAGCGAAUCCGGAUUUUGCAGAAGGCUUCUAUCAACGAGGGCUUUGUAAAGUAAAACUCCAGAAGGAUAACUCGAUUCUGGAUUUUAAUCGUGCGAUUGCUCUCAAUCCGAAACAUUUCCAGGCAUAUUUAAGCAGAGUAGCCUUCUAUGGCUUAAAAGGCAGAUACUCAAAAGCAAUUUUGAACUGUAAUGAGGCCAUCAGAAUUUACCCUCAGAGUGUGCGUGCCUAUCUCUACAGAGGAGUUCUCAAGUACUACAACAAGAGUUACAAACUAGCGAUUACAGAUUUAACUACGGCUAUCAACAUGGACAAAAACAAUUAUGUAGCAUUUUAUAACAGAGCAAUUUGUUACACCAAGAUAAAGGAACUUCACAUGGCAUUAAUAGAUUUUGGAGUUGUGCUGCUCCUUGAUGCUGGAGAAACUGUAACAUUAAAUACCUUCAUUAAUCGUGGACUCAUCUACACAGAACUAGAGCAGUAUGGCUUUGCAUUAGAGGCAUGGAGAAGUUUCCCCAUCCGCUUUUGCUGUGCUGAAUAUCAAAGCCAGCGCCUUGCACAUGCAAAGGGCAUAUGCUCUACUAUUGGGCUGUAUCCUAACUCCAAAAUCCCUAUUCUUGAAGUCAAGGAUUUUAAACAAGCUGCGUUGCUAAGCCAGACUAACGUCAGUCUUUUUCAAGCUACUGCCAUGUGCCACCACAGAAUUCAAGAAUUCAAAGAAGCUAUCAAUUUCUUUAGCCAAGCUCUUACAAUUAACCCACUUUUUCUGGAUGCUUAUAUUGGACGGGGGAAUUCUUACAUGGAAUAUGAAGAUGAGGAAGCCAUCAAGCAAGCACAGAAGGACUUUCUGAAAGCACUGCAUCUUAAUCCAUUAUGCACAAAAGCCAGAAUUAGUCUGUGCUAUAAUUUGCAGGCCCUAGGAAAAUUGCAGAAAGCUUGGAACCACUUUACCAUCACCAUGGAAAUUGAUCCACAGAGCUACCUGGCCUAUGAAGGAAGAGCUGUGGUCUGUCUUCAAAUGGGUAUUAAUUUUGCUGCAAUGCAAGAUAUUAAUGCAGCUAUAAAGAUCAAUACUACAGCGGAGUUCUUAACAAAUCGCGGUGUGAUUCAUGAGUUUAUGGGUCAGCGACAGAACGCAAUGAAAGACUACCAAGCAGCAAUUGCUCUAGACCCCAAGUACUCGCUGGCUUACUUCAAUGCCGGAAAUAUCUACUUUCACCACAGGCAGUUUUCUCAGGCCAGUGACUACUAUUCAAAGUCUUUAAUGUUUGAUCCAGAAAAUGAAUAUGUUCUCAUGAAUCGAGCUAUUAUAAAUACAAUAUUAAGUAAAUAUGAAGAUGCAAAAGAAGAUUUUGCAUAUGUAAUUGACCACUGUCCCUUUUGGGCUGCAGCAUAUUUUAACAGAGCACAUUUGUACUGCUGUUUAAAACAAUAUGAACUGGCUGAGGAAGAUCUUAGUAGAGCACUGUCUCUGAAGCCUAAUGAUGUGCUGGUGUAUAACCUCAGAGCAGAAGUUCGUGGUAAAAUAGGUCUGACUGAAGAAGCUAUGGCUGACUACAACCAAGCACUUGAUCUUGAAGAGUAUGCCUUAGUUACCUGAGUUCAUGGACUGUACUGUGAUUUCUAUGGUAGCUUACAUUUACAUGGCUAUUCUUGCUGAAACCAAAGUGUGUGUGUUCAGAAUUUUGCACUACUUUCUGCAUUUUCUUCUUUGUGCUUAGUCUUUUAUAUUGCCCUUUAAUGUAUUUUAACUUAGAUGAUUUUCUGCAUAUUUCAAAUAUAUCAGUAAUUGAAUUUCUUCAUAAAAGGCAGAAUUUAAAUGAGAAUGUUUCUCAAGGAAUAUGAAUGCUUAAAAUAUUUUCUCUAAAGUAAAAUAAUUUCCUUUGAAGUCAUAUGAUUGUAGAAAAAAUAUUAUCAACUUUUUCAUGAUUUCCUACUCAGAAUGUAUUCAACAGUAUCCAGAUAAAGGAUAAAUAUCAGAUGAUAACUAUAAAAAUGUUAAAAUUAUGCAUAUUUCCUCUUUUCUUUAAAUAAUGUAUAUACUGACCUGUUUUCUUUCUGAUACAUUUUUCCAGCAGAUAAACAUAUCUCUCUUUUUCAUGUUUCUUUCUUUCUAGGAUAGUGUCUAUAAAGAUUUCAGGCAUCCAGUGUUCUGAGACAAUCUUUUCUGCCUUUUUAGUUCUGAACUCAAAGAUGCAUAAGUAAAUACAGAUUGCAUAAGUAUACAUCAAAAUCUGUCUACACUUGUGGUUGGUGCUUCAUAGCAGUAGAUGAGUUAAAAAUUAAAACAGCUAAACAUUCUUUAUAGAAUGUCUCUAAGAGAUCUUUGAAUCAACCAGAGAACUCCUUUCUUUUAUCUCACUGAUGAUAAGCGGACUUCUGGACUUUUAUUUCAUUCAGAUUUGCUUCACCUGGCUCAUGUUCUUUCUUGGUAUAUUUUUUCCCAGCAUCUAUCCAACUCCUCAGAGGUCUAUUUCCACCGAGAUACACAUCUGGAAAGAAUACAUCUGUUUUUGGAAAGAACACAUUUGUUUUUAGGUUAGUUGCAGAUUUUUACAAUAGAAGUUGAUUUUAGUUUGUAAGUGACCAUGCAGAUGUUUCACAAUAUUUUGGGAUAAUUUUCCUUGUCACAUAUGUGGGUCCAGGAGUGAGUGAGGAAUGGGUCAUCCCUAGUGAGUCAUAUUACCUGGUGCAUCAAACCCAUGCAAUCAGUUGAUUCAGAUCCUCUUUUUCUCACUGUUCUCAAGGCCCUGUUAUCCCCACCUUAGUCACAGAUGAGAUUCAGACUGACUUGUACACCCGUAGACAGCACCUCUUCUUCUGCUGUGACGCACAUCCCACAUCACUCCCUGCUGGCCCGAGCUCCUCUGUCAGUGCUCAGAGGUUGGGUAUGUGGGCUUCCCUUGGUGCCUGUCCCCCUGUACUGCACAUGUGCAGGAGACCCAAAUCUCUAUCAUAGGAACCUUUGAUGAGGAGGAGAAGGGACAGGGAGAUAAAUUCAUCUCCCAUGCAUCUCUAGGUGCUGGCCAGAGAUACUUGAUUUACAUAGCUCCCUGAAGAAUAGUCCUGGGAGAUUAAGCAUUCGGUUGCACUUACUGGGUAGCCAGUAAAAUCACAAAGCAUACUUCAUAUUAAUGCUUUUGUUUUCCCUGCCUCCCUUCCUUUUCUCACCAUCCCUGCUUCUCUGUGAUUAAACUUGAUAAACUAAUGUCCCAAAAUCAUUUGCCUCAGAGUCUACUUUCUAGGGGAACCCAGAAUAAGCCAACUGGUAAUUUAAUAUUUUUUCCCUAACUGCACACUAGUACUUUCCACAUAAAGCAGGAUGUAAUAACCACUGGGGAACCAUACAAAGCAAGGAUCGCAGCCACAUAGUGGAGCCAGUCAUGUGUAGCUUGCCAAAAGGCUGAACAUCCCCUUGCUCAUAUUUCUUCACCUCCAAAGCUUCUUUAUGCACUGAUGGCAUCCUACUGAAGACACCUAUGGUGUUCCUUAAGAAGUAUUUAUCUCAGUCCACACAGAGGCCUGGUCAGAACUGAAGAGGGCUUAAUGGUAGAGGAGACCCUUCAACCAAUGGCAGAGAAGAGAUGAGGAGAAACUAUUCAAUUCUCUUGGCUGUUGAGGGGUAAUUUCCCUGACCUCCGUAGCAUAGCAUUCCAGAUGCCCAGUGUAUACAUUCCUCAAGAGCACAUAUUUUGUUGGUUUCUUCACUUUCCUACCCCUCCUUACCUGACUCCUUGUCUUUUGGCAAAGCUCCCCUUUGAAAUAAAUCACUUGUACUCAAAUCUUUAUCUCAGGAUGUGCUGGUAAAGGACCUGAAUGUAAAAUAGCAUUGCCAAAGAAGAGGUAUGAGAGCUGGAUUCUGAGCAGGGUAACAGCUGUGGGCAGAGAUGCUGAACAGUAAGGUCAUCCACAGAGACUGAACAUCUGCACAGACACACAGAAGCAGGAAAAUGUGAAGCAUCAUUUGAGGAGAAGCUGGAGCAGAGAAUUUCUGUGAGAAAAUGGUGGGAGGAAAAAUAGCUGUGCAGCAGAGUCAGAUAUGGAGGAUCCUCACCCUUAGAUAAAGGAAUUAAAAUUCAAAGAAAGGAGUUAACACUUGACUGUGUGUAUGAGAGAGAGCGUGGCAGAUGGGCAGAGAGGCGGUUCCUCUUCAGUCCUUUUGUUGCCCUCCAUCGUCAUAUUAGGGAACUGGGGGUUUAUAGCAUCAUCAAUAAAAAUUGGACCUUGGGAAA